GGCACUACGCAUGCGCACGGACAAUUUUCGGUCCUCCCCGAAAUUUCACUUGGGAGAGAAGUGCCCUGUGCUGGGCACACCUACGGCAGCGACUAGGCGUCUAUAAUGUUUUACUGAAUAAAGAGCUUUUUCGUCACACAUACGACAUCCGUGCGAAGUGUAUCUGUAGAAAUGCUGCGCGUGUGCAGGAAAGCGGCCGGCGGGGCAGCCCAGAGCUGCCUGUACGGAAGGGGGUCCCUGCGGCCUCUGCAGCCCUGCUGCUACUACAGCUCGACCGGAAGCUCUGGGGCUACUGCAGGCAAACUAGUGGGCGCAGGCCUGCUCUUUAUGGGCGGGGGUCUCGGGGGCACCAUCCUCUACGCCAAGUGGGAUCCCAAAUUCCGGGCGAACGUCGAGAAGUCAGUCCCUUACUCGGAGCAGCUUUUUCAAAUGACCCUGGGCCCCCCCGCCUCUCCCGCACCCCUGCCAAAGAAAGCGGUCCCACCGCAGCCGCUGCACAUCUCAUCGGUGGCCGAGACGUCCAAGGAGUCAAAGCAGAAGAAAGAGAAGUCGGCGGAGCAGCCAGCAGCCGAGGUGCUGCCCCCACCGGGGGAGCAUAGCCUGGAGGAGGCCUCUACAGAGGCAGCGCACAUCAUUUCAGCCAUGAGCGAGGCUGUGUCUGUGCCAGCACCUGGCACCCAUCGCGACGAGGCAGAGCCCCAGGCCGAGGCCCCGGCAGGAGCAGAGUGUGUGGAGUGCAAACAUGAGGCUCCGUCUGCGGUGAAGGAGCGGCCCGCCGAGGAAGUGGCCGUGCGCCUCGCGCUGCAGGACCAAGCCGAGCAGGACGUGCUGGCCUCUCUGUCCACCACGUUGGAGGAGGCCCUUGGUAGGACGGCUAAGGUGACCCUGCAAGCCGUUGAAGCCCAGGAUGCUGCGGUCCAGGCAAUCUGCACUCACACUCAGAAGCUGAAGGAGGCGAUGGAGGACUCUGAGGUUUCAUCAGACCAGAAGUCGACACAGUGGAGCGCACUUGAGAGCGCUUUGAAGGAGCGCAGUAAGUGUGUGGACAAUGCAGCAGACGCCCUGCAGAAAGCCAGGAGCGAGCUGGAGAACCUGAGGGGAGUGAUCGCAGCUGCCAAGAAGAGCAGUGUUCCUGGGGCUCGUGCGCACAUCCUGGCUGCCGAGGAAAACCUGCACCGGAUGUCAGUGGACUUGGACAACAAAGUCAGCAAGGUGCAGUCAGCGCAGACUGAGGCCAAAAUCAUAUCCCAGUACAGCGAACUGGUGAGGGAGGCAAAGACUCAGUUCCAGAAGGAACUUAAUAGCAUCACUCCUGACAUCCAGGGGGGCUGGAAAGGACUCAAGAUGUCUGACGUAGCAGGCAAGUUGACCGCUGAUGACCUGAACUCCCUCAUUGCCCACGCGCAUCGCCGUAUCGACCAGCUGAACAGGGAGCUGGCGGAGCAGCGCGUACGGGAGCAGCUGCGCAUCGAAACCGCACUCGAGCAGCAGAGGCUGGAGGACAAGAAAGCGCUGGACGGCGCUGUGGCUGCUGCCCUGGAGCGCCGUCGAGAGGAGGUGCGCCUGGAGCAGGAGAGAAAGGUGGAGGAGGUGAGAGAAGUGAUGGAGGCAGAGAUGCGCACUCAGCUGCGCAGACAGGCGGCGGCGCACACAGACCACCUGCGCGACGUGCUCAAGGUGCAGGAGCAGGAGCUGCGAGCCGAAGCACAGGAGUCUCUGAACAGGAAGCUGGUGGAGCAGGAGACCGAGUUCCGGCGAAUGAACCAGCAGCAGAUCAACGCCUUCACCCAGGACGUGAACACUGCGUUUGCGCGGCUGAAGGGCAUGGAGGAUGCCAUCGACAGUCACGCCGUGGCGGAGGAGGAGGCUCGCCGCGCUCACCAGCUCUGGCUUGCCGUGGAGGCUCUCGGCUACACGCUGAAGACGGCGGCGGCUGAAGCUCCAACCGAGCCGCUAGCGGGCGCCGUCCAAGCCAUCCGAGACAGCUGUGGCGAGAACGAGUUUGCACAGGCGCUCGCCACGGCGCUGCCCGAAGAGUCGCUGCAGCGCGGUGUCUACAGCGAGGCCUCUCUGCGCGCCCGCUUCUAUAGCAUCCGCAAACUGGCGCGCCGCGUCGCCAUGAUCGACGAGACGCGCAACAGCCUAUACCAGUACUUCCUGUCAUACCUGCAGUCGGUGCUUCUUUUCGAGCCGGAGCAGGUGGCGCCGCCCGCCAAGCUCUCUCCCGACGACAUGGAUACGUUCAAACUGCUCUCGUACGCCACCUACUGCAUCGAGCACGGCGACCUGGAGCUGGCGGCGAAGUUCGUGAACCAGCUGCGCGGAGAGUCGCGCCGCGUCGCUCAGGACUGGCUCAAGGAGGCACGGCUCACGCUGGAGACGAGGCAGAUCGUGAGCCUGCUUUCAGCGUACGCCAACGCCGUGGGCUUGGGCACCACCCAGGCUCCGUAGACGGGAUGAAGGUGUGCGGAAGAGUAGGUCUAUUUAACACCGCUAAACAGGUCUUUCAGAGAUUUCAGUGGAAUUGGCUGUAAUGUAUUACCUGUACUAGGAACCACUGUUUUACCCACAGAAAUGCUCCACUGUGUUCCUCACGGGGUGAUAAUGUGGGUUUUACUACGUCUGGACGUCCCCUUCCAAUCCUUACACCUGAGGCAUGAUGCUGAGUGUGCAGCUUGUCAUCUUAAGAGCUCCUGCUCCAUCUCCCGAACCUCAAAAGCACUAUGGAUAACCACACUGGGAUUUACCCACCCCAGCCCACCCCACCAUGUAAUUUUGUCUUUUCAGUUUGAGAUUUUUGGCUAAAUGUCAACAGUUUUGUCAAACUAUUCACUGUCAGUACAGCUGCAUAUCAAUAA